ACAAGAGUUAUUUUAGUGAUAGUUUCCCCGAAAAUUAAAUAAUUAGUUCAUUGACAAGCGAUCCUAUACAAUUUUAAAUCAAAAUGGGCAAAGUCUUGUCCAUAGUAGCUCGAAAAGCUAAUCGUUACAAUGUAGAGUCCCGAGCGCAGAAAGUUAUAUCACAAGACAAACCGGAACCGGCUCCAAAGUUUAAAGCAAACCAGGCUGACCUGGAAAGGAUUUUAAAUGAGCAUCCUGAUCUAGUCAAGCAAUUGAAUCGAAAGGACCAGGUUUUAGACGAUAACUUAAAAGCGGUCUUCGUUACAUCAAGGGAUCCUAGCAUAAUGACUACGGAGAGCACUGGUAAAAGUUUACCAGCAGACCGAACCAGUACUGAAGAUUUUGAAUUCGGACACCUGGAGCCAAUUAAAGUCUCCAGAGGUCGCUGCACGUUACGACAGGCUUUAAAAUUCAUAGGCGACCAUCAAACUAGUCCAACCGAGUGGACUGCUACUCGAAUAGCCGCUGAUUAUUACUUGAAAGAAUCUGUAGUGAGUAAUAUUUUAGAACAUUUCAAAGCUUUCGAAGUUCAUAUUCCACCGGAGGCAUUGGAUAAACGAAAAAAGAUUCUACAACCAGCGAAUAAAAGUAAAUUAUUGGAAUAAAACAGUAUAUUCUACUCAAAAUUGUUAA